UGCUUAUUUCCAAUUUUGGCUAUAAUUUUGUUAAUAUAAUGAUUUAAUGAGUCAAUUAAGCAUGAAAAUUUAGGUUGGAAUCUUAGCUUGAAAUUUCUGAAGAAACGGUUCAUUCAUCUUGCUUGAGAUCUCGAUAUUUCAAUUUUUUACAGAACUCUGAAUUUGAUCCGAAUUAGGAUUAGUGCACCUAUUUCGGAUCAGUCUUAGAUUGACUUGUAAUUCAGGUAUGUGGUGUACAAAUAGAUGUAAACGAUAGUGGAUAUAUAACACAAAUGUGAAAUAUUAUCCGAACAUUGAAAUAUCAUUUCUGAUCUGAAUUAGGUGCAUGAACCUAAUGUGGAUCAAAAUUAAUAUCAAAGUUUUCACAUAGUGGAAUUUUAAGGUAAAAAUACAAAAUUUAGACACUUGAAAGUAUGUUUUAACCUUUUUUUUUUACUAUUUGAAUACAAAAAUGGUACUUAACCAAAUCUCUUGUACCAUAAAUACACAAGCUCCAGUUUUUUUAGAAAAGAAUCAAGUAAACUAAUAUUACACAUAUUUAAAGUUAUAUAACUUAACUGAAGGUUUAUAGAGCUAAUAACAAUCAUAAAUCAACCGAUAAAAUAACACACACACAUAUAUAUAUAUAUAUAUAUAUAUAUAUAAUUUAUGAAUAACUUAAUUUUACUGCACUAACACCUUGCUCUAGGUUCGACAUAAUUACUGAAAAGAUGUGCUUUUAGAGAAAGAAAAUUUUCUAUUUAAUACUGUAAAUUGACCAUAGACAUUUACAUAUAAUAAUGAAGCUUACAUUGUCAAAAGAAACACGAUUAAAUAAUUAGACUUGAGUACUUAAAAGUUAAACGCAAGGUCCAGAAUAUUCUACAUUUAAUCAAAUAUACUAUUACAACGUCGUCAACGUCUAUAUCACACAAUAGAACAGAUAAAUUUAAUGAGUAAACAGUACUCAAGGGCGAUCUUGCUAGAAUAAGACCACCGCUUACGCUACAAAUUGGCAGUUUUCACUAUCCUUCGCAUAUUUUCUACACGCAAAAUUUGGUCAAAUUAUCAUGAAAAUUAGAUUGUGCAUACCUUCAAUGCAUGCCAAAUUUCAGUUAAAAAUAACAAGUAGUUACGUCAAAACAAGCAUAAAUAUGUACCUAUGUCUAAUUCUCUUCUUUUUUAGUCGCGUCGCGAACGUCUGUUUCGCAGGCCACUUUAAUAGUGUUAAUCAGUCGGCCGAAGGUUACCAAUAGCAACCAGCGGAGGUAUGCUGUUAUUUGUGCUUUGUAAUGGAUAAGACCGAUACGCAAGUACAAACAACAAUCUUAUUUUUUGCGAAGGCCCGCGAAAUAACCGGAUGUAAGGAGCUAUUCUUAUAUUAUCGGAGAAGGAUAAGAUUGCAGUUAUUCCACCACUUAGCGGAGGAUAACAUGGAGAAGAAACCAAAGAAUUUUGUCAAGCUGCAGCAAGAGGAAUUAAAUGUUGCAGAAAUCAUGGAGUUAGUAACAUUUCCUAACUGUGGAGCAAUAUCAAAUUUUAUAGGGAUUACUCGAGAUAAUUUUGAAAAUAAAAAGGUAAUUAAGCUAGAAUAUGAAGCCUAUGAAUCAAUGGCUUUAAAAGAGAUGACCAAUAUCUGCAACAAAAUUCGUUUACAAUGGCAUGUAGAAGGCGUUGCUAUACAUCAUCGUAUCGGAGAAGUGCCGAUAUCCAAAGCAAGCGUUGUAAUAGCAGUUUCCUCUCCCCAUAGAGAAGAAUCGCUGAGGGCAGUAGAAUAUGCUAUUAACACGUUAAAAGCAUCGGUGCCUAUUUGGAAAAAAGAAGUGUAUGAAACGGGAGAACCACAAUGGAAGCAAAAUAAAGAAUGUAAAUGGACGAACAUUUUGAAGAGAGAAGAUGCUCAAACAGUUGCAGAUAUAAAUGAAAAAAUACCAAAUAAAGACGUCAUCGAUCAAAAUCUUGUACAAAUUCGAGCAAGUUCGAAAGAACUAAACCAUAGAAUAAAGUCGUUUAUUGAAAGAAAACGUCACCAAGUAAAUACUGUGAAUGUACAAGAAUUUUGCCGCCAUAGUGAAAAAAGUGGCAAUGAGAAUUCUUGUGCAAGAGUAGAUGCCAUUCUUAUUCGACGCAAAGAUUCCAAAAGUCAUGUAAAAGGUAACAACGUAAAAUAAUAUGCAAUUUAAUCUU